AUGUCAUAUCAGCAGCCCACACACGUCCUUGUCACCGGCUCCACGGGCUUCAUCGGCGCCCAUGUCGUUGACAACCUCCUAGCUCGUGGAAUCUCAGUCCGUGGUGCCACAAGAUCGGCCAAGAAGGGGGAACAGAUGAAAGCAGCUCGUCCACAAUACGCACCAAAGUUGGAUUUCGUGGUGGUAGAGGAUUUUACCAACAUUGGUGUUUUUGAUGCGGCGAUGGAGGGCAUCGAUGCUGUCAUUCAUGUUGCCAGUCCGUUCUUCUACGAUACCACCAACAAUGAGCAGGAACUCAUCCUACCUGCUAUAAACGGCGUCAAGUCUAUACUGUCCGCCUCAGCCAAACCAGGGAGUAAAGUCCGGCGUAUCGUGUUGACCUCUUCUUUUGCAUCGGUCGUUGAUAUUGACAGCAAUCCUCCUGCCGGUUUCACCUACACCGGUACUCACUGGAACCCUCUUACAUACGAAACGGCAAUUGACCCCAAAUCCACCUCAAUCGUCGCAUACCGCGGAUCCAAAAAGUUUGCAGAGCUUGCGGCAUGGGACUUCGUGAAGACUGAAAAGCCGCAGUUUGACCUAGUCGCCCUCUGCCCACCGAUGGUGUUCGGCCCCGUUGUUCACCCGGUUCCCAAUAUUGACCAACUGAAUGAGUCUAACGCGGUUCUUUGGAGUGUAGCUGCGGGUGUUGACCCCCUUCCCGGAAUCCGUGUGCCGGCUUGGAUCGAUGCUCGAGAUCUAGCUGAGGCGCAUGUUCAAGCCCUGCUUAGGCCCGAGGCUGGUGGAAAGAGAUUUAUCCCUGCGUCUCCUGAGCCCUUCUCGUAUGAAUACGCAGCAGAUAUUAUGAAGGAGAGUUUUGACUGGGCGAAGGGAUCGGUCACGAGCAACUACAAGGCAGGGGAGAAGCCACAUGCUUCUUACGGUGUUGACGGGGAGACGGUUGCUCGAGAGCUCGGGGUGAAAUAUCACACUUUCAAAGAGACAGUGGUCGACUUUGUCAAGCAAGUCAAGGACACUCUUGCUUGA